GGAAAAGAAAUGCAUAUCCGUUGAUGAGGGAUAUCACUUUGACAGGGAAGGAAAGUGCAGAUUCACAUCCCAAGAGUUCAUUGGCUUCUCUAGAAUAUCUGCUGUCUCUUUUGAGUUCUCAUGUUGGUGAGAAGCCAUGUUGUUGCCCACGUGUUGAUCCAAAUUGGAGUUUCUCCUCUCAAAUUCUUACUCUUCCUUUACUGUGUAACCCUUCAAACACGAUGUGAACGAUUGUGCGGCACUUGUUCUAGCUCGGCGAACAAGUCAGCCGAUCAAAAUCUGCAAAUCGCAGACAACUUUAACACACACUUCAACCUCCCCUCACGUUCUUGGAAAAAUAUUUUUAGAAAACAUGAAAGAUGAUUAAAUUGAUUGAAAACGUUGUUAAAACAAGCAUUGAAGACUGUCAAUUGCAAUAAGAAAGCAUAGACUGCGAAGAGUACGACAAGGCUUGGGCAGGGAUUCAACAGCAAUUGAAAAGUAUAAGGUGGUUUAAGGAUGUCACAUGUUCCCAUGUUAGUGCGUUACGGUGGUACGUGGGAUGAGAGGCGAAGAAAAUACGAAGGAGGCAUGUUAAAAGGCAUCGUUGUCAGUAAGAAUUAUAUGACCUUGCAGAAGUAUAAUUCUUUACUGACAACGAUAAGAUGCAUAUAUGAGAUAAAAGUACCCUUCAAAGAUUUACAGGCAGAAUUAUAUGACCUUGCAGAAGUUGACCCUUCAAAGUUCGACGUAAUGAUAAGAUGCAUAUAUGAGAUAAAAGUGGAACACGAAGCUCCUCCAUUUGAGUUAAGCAAUGAUCGUGAUUUAAGGUUUUAUCUUCUUAGUGAAAAUCCAUUAGAGGUCCCUUUAUACGUCUCAUUUGAGCCUAAAAGUAAUCAAAGCAAAAAAGUGUUAAGCAAAGAUUACAAUUUAGUAUCUGGCAGCAACCAAGCUCAUAACUUAAACCCUCAUCCUCCAAUUGUCAUGGAUACAUUAAAUGAGAAUGAAGUUCAUGUUCGUGAAGUUGAAGUUGGCUUGUGUGAUAACGUGAUAGGGACCACUUCGACUAUUUGGGAAUCAUAUGAGUCAUAUGAUUCGAAAGAUGAGACUUUUACAUGGGAGCCAGUAGAGAUGAAUAGUGAAUCAUUUGACAUCCCACAACAUAGAGAUGCUCCUACGAAAGAUUGCAAAGGAAAAUCUAAAGUUCGUUACAGCUCUUCUAGCCAAAAGUUGAAGACAGACAGGAAUGAUUGGUCCGAAGAAAGCUCUACAAGUGAGGAGUUUGAUGUAGGACAAAUAUUUUUUUCCAAAAAAGAUUUGUCAAUGAGAUUAAGUGUCUUGGCGAUGAAUUUUUUUUCUUCAGUUUGUAGUAAAAAAGUCUACAAAAGAGGUUCUCUUUGUUAGAUGCAUUGACAACAAGUGUGGUUGGAGACUGCGAGCGAUGAGAUUGAAGGAUUCAAAUAUAAUUAAGAUUAAAAAGUAUGUCAAAGUUCAUUCAUGUUCUCUUGACGUUUUGAAUCGUGACCAUAGGCAAGCAAAAUCUUGGGUUGUUGGAGAAUUAAU